AUGUUCAAAAGGAAAUCAUCUACACAUACAGUUUCACCACUUGAGCCACCUCCACUCUCACCUGCCAGUACGGACGUGUCGUCUUUUAGAGGACAGCUGGGACAUCCUCAAGGACAAGGACAAGGACAAGGGCAAGGACAGGGACAUAAUAUAGGUCACGGAUCUCUAGAUUCGCCUCGACAUCCCUAUGGUCAAGGUCAUGGAGGGCAAGUCGAAAGGACUGUAACGAGGGGAUCAACAGGUACUGCUGGAACUGGAAAAGAGAAAAGACGAAGUGGAUUUUUCGGUUUAGGUGGUGGGAAGAAAGAUAAAGAAAAGAGUAAAGAAAAGGAAAAGGAAAAGGAUUUAGAAGAGGCUCGAUCUCAUCAAUCAUUCUCAGUUGAUAGAUCUAGACCUCCACCUCAGUCUCGUGGAAGCGCAAGUGGUAGUGGUAGUAUUACUAGUUCUUUCAAUUCUGGUUCUGGUGCCAAUAGCAUGACGGAACGAAAUAACACCCAAACCCAACCUAACCCUCAAUCAAUGAGACAAUAUCCACAAUCCCAAGCUCACGCUCAAGCUCAAGCUCGUCAUACUCCUCCACCAUCACAACAGCAAUCGCUCAAUCCUCAGACCCAACAACAAAGAGCAGUAUCUCAACCUAGACCAGAAACAGAUUUCGGUCCUCAGACCACACCCGUCAAUGGUAACGGUCAUAUUGGUGGAGUACCCAAAUCACAAUCAAUGGGAUUCACUAGACCUCAAUCGCAAUCACAAUCACAACCUCAAACACAAUCACUCUCACAAAAUCGACGCACAUUCCCCAAUCAACCUGAACAGAAUCAAACAAUGCCAAGAUCGUCCUCAAUGCCAUUGAACCAGCACACACCUCCUCCGCCAGCGGUGCCCGGUAAAACCAACUCUCCAAGACAGUCAAUGCAGAAUGGAGGUGAUAGCCCAAAUCAGCGAAUGGGUGGUGGAGAUCUCAAAAGAUUCGAAAGGAUAGUAGAAUUAAUAGGUCAUCAACCUCAAAAGACAUAUGUCACAAGUCCUCCAGAAUUGGAAAUGAUUUUAGCUAGGACCAGCGCAGGUGGUCAACCCAAACAAGGUCAACCUGGUACUGCUGCCAACGAUUGGGAUGCUGUGUGGUUGCAACUCUCUGGAAUAUCCCUUUCAAUGUGGUCAAUGAAAGAAACUCGUUUAGCAGCCGCAAAAGGUGAUAAAGUUCCACCUACGUAUUUCAAUAUUACCGACUCCUCUCUUGAACUCCUUGCACCACUUCCACCACCUCCUCAUCGGCCUAAUUCUCAUCCCCACCAUUAUGUUUUUUCUCUCAAUACAGCAGGAUCAAACCGAUUACUCUUCUCAUGUCCGUCUGAAAAAGAUCUUGCGAGAUGGGCUAUCGGACUCCGAUUAGCAGCCUGGGAGAGAUCAAGAUUGGAAGAGAUUUAUACGGGUCAUUUGAUCCAAUCAGGAGGUAGAGAACCUAAGUCUGAAUUGGUUAAAGGUCGUAUGGAAGGUUGGGUUAGAGUAAGAGUGAUGGGAGGUACCGAAUGGAAGAGACUUUACGUUGUCCUCAGUCUACCUGGAUCUGACGAAGUCUCUAAAGAUGACGAAAAGAAAGGUCGUAGAAGAAGUUUCUUUGGUAUAGGUGAAAAAGAAAAAGAACAACAUGUUCAAGAACCAAACACAGGUGUAGCUAUGGCAACAUUCUACAACGAACCCAGAACAGUGAAGAACAAAACUUUCGUCACACCUGUACUGACCGUAACAAACGUCUCGCAAGCCUACGCUGUCUUCCCAGAACGACUCGAAGUAAUGUCCCAGUCUAACCUGCUCAAAGUAGUUGGGCGAGUAUCAGGAGAGAUGGUCACUAUUGAGGGAAGACUCCGUGAUUCAGGUUGGGCUUUGAUGAUGCCUGAAGCUCCAGGUGAAGGAUCAGGGACUGAGAAAUCUCAUCCGGCGGCGAACAUGACACCUCUGAUUAACAUGAUGAGAUGGGUCACUGGUUUUCACGACGUUUUCGGAUUGUAUGGUAGACCGGAGAAAUAUAAUUGGGAUCCACGAAAUCCGAAAAGUCUGUUCUUUGCUUAUCCUCAAGGCGAAGACAAGACGCACCUAUUCUUAUCCAUCGAUGAGGCAUUGUUGUCUGAUUUCCGCGUUCCCCAACUCCCGUCCGUUCGAGCCAAUUUUGCAGGUCUUGCACAACGCCGAAUGGAUGGGCAGCUGCGGUUGACCAAUGGCCCUAUCGAGGAAGGAGGGGAAGAUGACGAUGAAGAUGGUACUACACCCCGACCAGACGGUGAUUAUCGAUUACCCCCACUAGCGUUUGGCGACAGUGCGCCGCAAAGUUCGGAUCAACAUGUACCUCGAUCACUCACUCCUAUAACAGAGCGAACAACUCGCGAAAAUUCUAUGCGUACCACUAAAAGUCAAUUCACCGCUGCUGGUAUUGGAGCACCAUCCGCUUCCAGUGUAGGAGAUCAUCGAAAAGUCAGUGGAAGCAGCUCUAAGCAAGGUUCUCAAGGAUCAACCAAACAAACCGCUUCUCUCAUAGGAAGUGAUUUGGCACCUAUAGUAGACGCUCCUGCCGAAGGCUAUGGUCAAAUGACUGAAGAACCGGAGAAGACUGAAGUUCUAGGGGACUCAGUAACGGGUACCACUCCAGUGACUGCUAAUACAGAAACAGCUUCGACAGUAUGGUCACAAGAUACAGGAGCUACUCCUACACGUCGAAGUACGGCCGAGCUUCCAUCUGCAACUUUCCAUCAAAUGGCUCAACCUCAGUCUCUUAGUACGAACACUUCCACGCCUUCUCAACCUUCUGAUGAAACAGAAAGAGAUAUCCGUCCUUUACCUAAACCAACUUCACCUCCACCCGCUCUAGCUCAACCUAUCGGAGGUGAAACGCAUGUCCUUUCUCCUACACCUCGACGAGUAUCCACAGGAGAUAAAAUGGAUGUCAACGGUGGUGGAUUACAUGAAGAACCAGCUGCUCUUUACCUCAUGAACAUGGUGGAAGACCAACCUUCAAAACAACAGACUCAGUCCAAGUCCAUACCAGGUAUCGCCAAAUCUCACUCCCCAGAAAGGGUGCGACCGACCAUCAACACUGAUCUUGAUCCUACAACGAAACAACCACGACCCGAAGUAGGACGAAAACCUUCUGGAGCUCGAGCUGUACCCCCAAGAAGGAAUAGUAGCUCUAAAAUACUCGAGCCUGUGCACGACGAUGAUCCUGUUGCUGUCGUAGGGGGACAACAACAACGUACAGCAGAUCAAGAAGGACACGGCAGAUUCCCUACUUCUUCCACUCAAGCUGAUCUAGGAGAAGAUGUAUCAGCAUUCAUGAAUUACGCUGAGGCUCCCUCUCCCGUCAAGACAAAAGCACCGACAAUCCCAAAUGCACCAGCUCAACCUAAAGACGAAUUCAGAUCAUCUUUCGCUCCUUCCAGAGCUGCGGCUGACAGAAGAGCGAAAGCUGAGCAAGCCGUCGUGGAUCAACAGAAUGCAAGAAGCCUGCCGGGUGGUGGUAGACGUAGAGCUGCUGUUGAAUCCCAAUCAAGCGAAAGUGAAUCUGAAGAGGAGGAAGAAGAAUACUCCCCUGUACAGGAAUUAUCACAUGCUCACGGACUUCCUAAGCCACCUGUAUCGCCUUCAACUCAAAGGACAAGACAAUCUGAUCCGCCUGUACAACGAUCCACUUCGAGAGCUUUACCACCUGUUCCUAGACCUGCAGAAGUCAGGGAACCGAAUGGAUAUCAAGAGUCAGCACCUCGAGAUAAUAGGGAAAGGGAGAGUUACUUUCCCUCACAGUCUCAAGGCUUUGAUCAACCUAGACCGGUAACAAGAUCACCUGGUGGUCAAGGCUCAGUGUACAGUAGUAUACCUGCACCGAUCCCUUCCGGUAUCGGGAAUGAUAGGAAUAGAAACAUCAGUCAACCACCUCCUCCUGCAAUUAGACAAACGGUUUGGAAUGCUAACUUCUCUGCUGAACAUGGUAUGCCUCAAGACAACAAUAAAUCAGGAAAAUUCGUUGAAUUAGAAGAACCUUCUGUGCAGUUAACGAAAGCUUUCGCACCUCAUGGCUUAUUGCAAGCCGGAAUGCAAGAUAAAGAAGAUAGAAGCGCUAAGAAGCAAGAAGAAACAGCGAGAGAGACUGGAAGUUCACUGAUCAACGUUCCUUCCAAACCACCUCCGCCACAAAUGGGUCUUCUAGGUGCAGUGGCUGCUCACGAGAAAGAAAGGAAAAACGCUGGUGGUAUUGGCGCUACUUUGACUGAUAGAGAAAGAGAAAAGAGAUUGGCUGAGGAUCGACAGCGUGAAAUCGAUAAACUGCAGAGACAGCAAAUGGAACACAUGCGUCAAUUCCAGGGCGGUGACAUGUACGGACAACAGCAACAGCAAUAUCCGUAUGGAAUGCCUUCGCCAAUGGGCAUGGGUAUGAUGGGAAUGCCACCAAUGGGAUAUCCGUCAUAUCAAGGAGGAUUCAAUCCCUAUGCCCAACAACAAGCUAUGAUGGCUGCUCAAAUGGCGUAUCAACAAGCUAUGAUGUCAAUGUCAGCUGCUGGCUCCCAGGCAGGUGAUCAUCAGGAUUAUUCACAGCAUCAACCACCUUCUAUGUCCGGUACACCUGGACCACCUGGACCCAUGCAUGAUCACCGAACUUCUUCACCGGCAGGAAGUAACCGAAGUCAAAAUUAUUCUCCGCCACCAAUCCCACAAUUCUACCCUGGUCAAGGUAGUUUCUAUGGAUCACCAAUGAUGGGCGCUGGUUCGCCUAUGAUGCCUCCUUGGAUGAUGCAACAACCUCAGAUGUGGGGAGGAUCACCUUCCCCGGCCCCGGGCCCAAGUGGAGGUGGGGGAUUGGGUCCAAUGGGUCAAAACAGCUGGUUGUCACCAGCUCAAUCGGGUCAAGCUUAUAACCAAGGUGGAAGUGAUGGCGAUAGGAGAUCAAGACAUUCAAGUAAUGCUGGCGAUGAAGGGAGAUAUAGUAACGCUUCGUAA